AUGGAGCAAGAAGACCUAAGGGUGAUGACCGAGUCCGAAUACCUGGGGGGCUGCGAGGCCCACGAUGAGCUGGACUCGGUCGAUGGCUCGGACGAACCGAUCCUAUUUGAAGAGGACGGCGCCGACCCGUUCCAUCCGGUCGAAGAGGCUGGAUUACGAGGAACCCUGCUUGACCUGCACCCAGAGGGUGCGAGAGGCGAUGACAGCGGUUCCCCGACUAUCGGCACGAGCCUACAUGACGUGUGCAGGCGCGCUGCCGCCAAGCUGGAAAUUCCAUGGCCCAACGCUCCGCCCGAAAAGACCGGUUCCCGGUACGAAGGCAAGCGUUUACCUCGGGUGAAAAGCGCGGAGAGGCAACUUCUCCCCUUGUUCCCCGAGUGUGUGGAAGAGGCUACCCGCACCUGGUCGCAGCCUGUUGCUCUUGGUGUGCGGGCCCUCAAUACGUCGUCCAUGCUGAUGGCGUAUCAGGCGUGGCGGCGAGGCCACCGCCGACCUACAGGAUUGCGAGACGCCCUGGUUCGCACCCCAGACCUCCAGCUCAACCCAAGACUGAGGCUGGGGCUGCGUGGGCCAACAAACCAGCUGCACCAGUGGAUCAGCAUGGAGGCAAGCCAGCGCCACUUCGCCCACGCCCGGGCUAUAAACAGGGGGACGCAACGCUCCCUGCCACAAGCGGGCGCCGUUCCUCCACCUGUGGCGCCGGCGCCGGCAGUGGGCUCAAUCGCACAGCGAAUGCAGCACUGGCGGCCAAUUGUGAAAUCAGAAUGGAUUCUGAAAACCAUAGAAAAAGGGUACAGAAUCCAGUUUAUGCAUUCCCCUCCGAGUUUCUCGAGAAUAAUACACUCGCAGGCAGUGGGGGAAGCGGCUCACUUUCUUGCAGCAGAGAUAAAGUCUCUACUGGAGAAACGCGCCAUUCAAGUGGUUCCACCAGCUCAAGCAAUGAGCGGGUUCUACUCAAGAUAUUUCAUAAUAAAGAAAAAGGCAGGGGGCAUGAGACCUAUAUUGGAUCUGAGGGCGUUGAAUACGCAUCUCAGACGAUACAGAUUUCGGAUGUUGACACAUUCAGCACUGCUGAGGUUCGUACGUCCAGGCGAUUGGUUCACCACCCUGGACCUGGCCGACGCAUAUUACCAUAUCCGAAUCUACCCCCCGCACAGAAAGUUUCUCAGAUUUGCCUUUCAAGGGGUGAUUUACGAGUUUUCGGUUCUUCCUUUCGGACUGUCACUAAGCCCGCGAGUCUUUGUGAAAUGCACAGAGGCCGCGUUAGGUCCACUCAGUACGAAAGGGAUUCGUCUGGCAACCUUUAUAGACGACUUCCUCCUGGCUGCGAGUUCAGCACAGGAGGCAAUUGCUCAUACGGAACACACGAUGGCACACUUGUCAUCGCUGGGGUUCAGGUUCAACUUGAAGAAAAGUGUACUGACCCCUUCCCAGUCAAUAACUUUCAUCGGGCUGUCUCUGGACUCAGUCACAAUGAGUGCUCAACUAACUCCGGACAGAGUGAAGGCGAUACAUGCAUGUCUCGCUUUGUUUCGCAGGGGAAAUUAUGUCACACUGAGGGAUUGCCACAGAUUAUUGGGUCUGAUGGCGUCAGCUCUGAUGGCGGUUCCCCUUGGCAGGCUGUAUAUGAGGGGUUUUCAACGCUGGGUGUCGAGUCUCGGUCUGGACCCACGAGUUCAUGCACACCGACGCAUAUGUGUUCCAGUAGACUGCACGCUGGCGCUUCGUCAGUGGAAACAUCCGUAUUUCCUUACACAAGGCGUGCAACUUGGCACGAUAUGUGCGAGGAAGGUGGUUACCACCGACGCGUCUCUAUGGGGGUGGGGUGCCACCCACGAAGGGCGAUCGGUGAACGGCCGAUGGAGAUCGGAACUGCGCUCUGUUCACAUCAAUGUUCUCGAACUUAUGGCAGUGUUCCUGGCGCUGAGACAUUUUCUGCCGUAUGUAACAGGCGCUCAUGUUCUGGUAAGGACAGACAAUACGACGGUAGUGGCCUACAUCAACAAGCAGGGAGGCUUGCGCUCCCCUCAACUACACAGACUGGCACACAAACUGAUCCUCUGGAGCAGCGCCAAUCUACUCUCACUCAGGGCAACGCAUGUGCCUGGAGUGAUGAACCACGGCGCGGAUUUACUCUCACGAGGGCACCCUCGUUAUGGAGAGUGGAGACUUCACCGGGAGGUGAUGGAACUGAUUCGGAACCGCUACGGGUGCCCGUCAGUAGACCUGUUUGCCUCCAGGGAGAACACACAAUGUCCCCUGUUCUUCUCUCUGAACGAUCCAGAGGCUCCGCUCGGGGUGGACGCAUUGGCGCAUGCGUGGCCGCGCACACUCCUUUACACAUUUCCCCCGUUGGCUCUGAUAACCCCGACAUUAGACAGAGUAAGGACCGAGGGUCUAAUUGCUAUUCUGGUAGCGCCGAAUUGGCCUCAGAAACAGUGGUUGGCGGAGAUAACGCAAAUGCUUUAUUCACAACCGCUGCAACUCCCGCUGCGCAGGGAUCUGUUGUCCCAGGCUCGGGGGGACAUUUUUCAUCCCCACCCAGAACGUCUGGCUCUCUGGGCUUGGCCCGUGAAAGGAUGAAUCUUACGUCAUGUGGCCUGCCACAGAAUGUUAUAAUGACCAUCCAAAGCGCGAGGGCGCCUUCGACGCGUACUGUG